AUGGGCAAAGGCUUCGACGUGAGCUGCGAGGCCUGGAAGGAGGGCGGAGUGAAGCAAGUGAACAUCUUUGCCACCGGCUCCGGUGUCGCACCUAUGAGGGCGGUCAUCGAGUCCGACGCUUUGAAGGGCAAGACUUGCCGCCUCUACUAUGGCGCAAGGACUGAAUCAGGAAUGGCCUAUGCAGAUCGAUUUGAAGAUUGGAAGAAGCGCGGCAUCGAAGUCAUUCCGACCCUGUCGAAGCCCAGUGACGAUUGGUCCGGGCGAACAGGCUAUGUGCAGGAUGUGCUGCAAGAAGACGAAUCCC